AUGGCUUCCAACACCUCCUUCACUCCUAACGAGGAGACCGAGAUCCAGCAGUGGCUCACCACCGCCACCCGCCUGCAGCAGGCCACCGGUGACGAUGCGUCCCCGAUCCUCGACACCGUCAACUCCCACCUGAGCACCCGCACCACCCUCCUCGGUACCAAGCCCAGCAAGGCCGACACUGCUCUCUACUCCGCUGUCCGUCCUCUUGUCGCCAAGUGGUCUCCCGAGCAGCGCACCGGCGAAAAGGGCUACCCCAACAUCGUCCGUCACCUCGACUUCGUCCAGAACUACCCCGCCUUCGCCGCCGAUGUCAAGUCCGAGGAGAAGGUCUCCGUCAACCUCGAUGAGGUUCUCUACGUGAAGCCUCCCGUCGACGCCAAGGCCGAGAAGGAGCGCCUCAAGAAGGAGAAGGCUGCUGCGGCCGCUGCUGCUGGUGGAAAGGAGACCGCUCUCCCCGACCGCACCAAGGAGCCCAAGGACAAGAGCGCUGGCGAGAAGGUCAAAGAGGCCGUCACCGAGGCCAAGGACAAGGUCAAGGCUGCUGUCGGCGCCGGCGAGGGCAAGCCUAAGAAGGAGAAGAAGGCCAAGGAGCCCAAGCCCCAGAAGGCCCCUGCUCCCGCUGCCCCUCUGUCUCCCGCUCUCAUCGACCUCCGUGUCGGUCAUAUUCUCAAGGCUAUCAAGCACCCCGAGGCCGACUCCCUCUACGUUUCCACCAUCGCCAUGGGCGACAAGCCCAACGACGACACCUCCGAGUACGAGGGUCAGGUCUGCCGUACUGUCUGCUCUGGUCUGAACGGUCUCGUUCCUCUCGAGGAGAUGCAGGGUCGCAAGGUUAUCGUCGUUGCCAACCUCAAGCCCGUCAAGAUGCGCGGCAUCAAGUCCUGCGCCAUGGUUCUCGCCGCCUCCCCCAAGCUCAAGGAGGGUGAGGUCGAUGACCACAAGGGCCCCGUCGAGCUUGCUGCUCCCCCUGCUGACGCCAAGGCUGGCGAGCGCGUCUUCUUCGAGGGCUGGAAGGGCGAGCCUGAGGGUGUUCUGAACCCCAAGAAGAAGAUUUGGGAGAUGUUCCAGCCUGGCUUCACCACCACCGACAACCUCGAGGUCGCCUUUGACGCCGCUGUUGUCAAGGAGCUUGGCAAGGAGGGUGUUGGCAGACUGGUCACCGAGUCUGGUGGUGUCUGCACUGUUCCCAGCUUGAAGGGUGCUACUGUCCGAUAA